AUGUAUACAGAUUACAUGCGCUUUAUUUUUUUAUUUUUUUUUAUUUUUUAAUAUUAUGAAAACGUAAUGCCUGCAGGCGGUAACAGCCGUGUUCGUGGUUACCCAGCACGGAUGUCCGAGCGACAACAGCUCGCACUUCUGCUGCAGAUGACCUCACAAGAAAUUCAUGCACCAGAAAAAAAUAAAACAGAAUCAUCAAGCUCGUCCUCUUCUAAAUCAACAGAUAGAAAAACAUCAAAAAAUCGUUGGUCAAAUACUAAAAAUAGUGAAUCAUCAGCUGUUUAUCAUCAUCAUCAUCAUCAUCAUAAAAAACAUGACAUUAUUAAAAAGGAACAACAACAACAACAACAACAAACAAUAACAAACAAUGAAUUUGACCAGGUGCCAAAAGAAAAUGAAGACAAUAAUUUGUUGAAAGAUACUACUACAUCAUCAUCAUCAUCAUCAUCAUCUGGUGGAUUAAAAAGAAGUCUGAUAACUUGUUUUAAUAGUAAUAAUAAUAAUAAAAAAUCAUUGAUUGAUCAACAAGAGGACAAAUCUUCAUUGAAGAUUUAUCAGGAAAAAUCAACAGAAGCAGCAGGUGAAACAUCAACUGGAGUUAUUAAAGACGCUCAAGAAAGUGGAGCCCCCUGUGAAAUGCGUAGAACACCGACACAAAACAAAGUGGACAGAUCAGGUAGUGGUCAAUCCGGAAGUUCACCACGUGUGACCUUGCGCCUUAAUCAAGCACGUGGUACUACAAGAGAUGACAAAAAAAAUUCAACUAGUAGCUCACGUCAGAGCAUGAGUAGUUCAACACCACCACCAACAACAACAACAACAGCAACAACAACAACAACAACCACCACCAUGGAUCCAUCAUUAUCAUCAUCAACAACAACAACAAUGACUACAACACCUACGACGACGACGACAACAACAACAACACCAGCAAUAAUGGCUGCCACAUCAGCAGUGUCAACAGUACCAACAACAAAUACAUCAUCUUUAGCUACAACAGCAACAGUGACAACAACAACAACCACAGCUAGUAAUUCAUCAAUGUCUGAUAAUACUGAUGUUUAUGAAUUUAAAAGUUCAAAAGAAGCAACACCAAUUCAUGGAAAUUCAUUAUCAUCAUCGCCAAAUUCAUCAUCUGAUAAAGAUAAAGAAACAUUAAAAGUUACUGGUCAAUCAAGUAAUUCUGAUGCUGUAACGACAUCGGGAGAUAAUCAGGCCUCUUCAACAUCAUCAAUUAAGGAUAUGGUAAUUACUGAUAGUUUUGUGGCAGGUUCACCAGCAUCAAAAAGACCAUAUGAUAUCGAAAAUAAUGAUGAACCAGAUGAAGAAAUUCUUAAGAAAAAAAGAAAAGAGUCGGAACCAAUAAAAGAUAAUAAAACAUCAACACCAGGAAAACAAAAUACUGGAAGGGCUAUUUCAACAACUGCUGAAAAGUUUGAAAUGGUCACACCAAGUGUAACCCCAUCAUCAUUUGUUGAACAGAAUAUAAAAACGGGAAAACCAGCUCAAAAUACAACUGGAAAAAUAUCACCAUUAACAACAACAUCAUCAUCAACGACAACAACAGCAUCAUUAUCAUCAACCGCAACAACAACAACAACAAUAGUAGCUGCUUCAACAAUAUCAACAACUACAACAGCAGCAGCAUCAACAACAACAACAACAGUAGCAUCAAUUAUUGAUCGUAAAAGUCCAAAUUCAACAGCAGGUAGUCCAAAACCAAUGAAUACCGGUGCUGCUACAAGUACAAAUUCAAAUUUAAAAAUAUCAUCAUCAGUAUCAGCUGCAGAGUCAGAAGGAGAGGAUGAACGUUCAAAAAAUUCUGAUUCUGGAUUAGCACCAAAAGUACCACCUCUGAAAAUAGUCAUACCACAAAGUGCUGAACAAGAACAGGGAACUAGAAAAAGUACAUCAACAAGAGGACAUCAUCUUCCUUAUGUUGUUGCAAGUUCAAGUAGUAAUGAUUCCAUUGAUAAAGAAAUUGGUACAACAGCAAGUGGCACAACAAGUCCAAUUGACACAGGCAGCUCAACAACAACAACAACAGCAGCAACAACAACUGCAACAGCUACAACAACGACAACAGUAGUACCAACAGUCGUAUCAACCGUAUCAACCGUAACAACAACAACAACCACAACAACUACAUCAGCAACAGUAUCAUCAACAUCAACUCCAACUCCAGCAGCAGCAACAACAGCUAAAACUGAAGAAAAAAAAGAUUUCACUGGUAUUAUACCAAUUGAAGAAAGAUCAACACAUCAUCAAAGAGUUUUAAGAAGUUCCAACAGAAAUGGUAAUGGAGGUAAUGCAUCAGCAGCAUCAUCAAAAGACUCGUCUGCUAAUUCACCACCAGCUUCAGCAUCAACUGAUCGAUCAAAUAAUUCAUCACCUCAACAAAGCCAAAAUAAUAAUUCAUCACCAACUCCAGAAACAACAAAUAAUGAAAUAACUAAAACAAAUACAGCAGAAACAACAACAUCCACAACAUCAUCAUCAACAACAACAACUACUUCUUCUUCUUCUUCUUCUUCUACAUCAACGACAACACCAUCAACGACGACAACAACACCAACAACAGCAGUAACAACACCAUCAUUAUCAUCAACGACAACAUCAUCAUCAACUGCAACAGCAACAACAAAAACAAGUGGUAAUAAUGAUAAAUCAGAUAAAAAUGAAACAACAAAUAGUAAUAAAAAUCAAAAAGAUAAAGAUGAUAAUUCAGAAUCAUCAUCCUCAUCAUCAUCAAUAACAAAUACAUCAUCAACAAAUCCAAGUGCACCUGUUGAAUUACAUCCAAGAAAACGUAAAAUAAAAACAAAUAAAGAAUCACAACAAUCAUCAUCGUCAUCAACAACAACAGUAACAACAACAUCAACAACAUCAACAACAUCAACAACAACAGCUGCAACCACAGCAGCAGCAGCAUCAUCAUCAAAUGAAUCAAAUGAAACAGCAAAUGCAACUGAUGUACAUCCACAUGAUCAGCCAAUAACAAAUUGUUAUCAAUUAUUUUUAAAUAUUAGAAAACAAAUUGAACGUAGAAGAAAAGGUUUAUUUCCAGUUCAACCAAAACCACCACAAGGGUUUAAAGAUUAUUUAAUGAAUCGUUGUACAUAUGUUUUGGCUAGUACUGCUAAAGAACCAGUAAUAAAUCCACCAGUAACAAUGACACCAUUGAUGAAAGAUUUAUAUGCUGAACAAGAAAAAGAACGUUAUCGUUUACGUAUGCAGCAUGUUGUUGAAAAAGAAAAAUUAGUAUUAUCUGUUGAACAAGAAAUACUACGUGUACAUGGACGUGCUGCACGAGCAUUGGCAAAUCAAUCAUUGCCAUUUUCAGUAUGUACAAUACUCAAAGACGAAGAGGUGUACAAUGUCAUAACACCAGAACAAGAAGAAAAAGAUAGAAAUGCUAGAAGUCGUUACAAUGGAAGAUUAUUUUUAAGCUGGCUGCAGGAUGUCGAUGACAAAUGGGAAAAAAUUAAAGAAUCAAUGUUGUUGAGACAUCACAAUGAAGCUGAAUCACUUCAUGCUGUACAAAAAAUGGAUUGGGAAUGGAAGCUAAAAGAAGUUGGUAUUUGUGAAUGGAAAGGUACACCACUCGUUGAAGAUCUUCAUGUACCAAUUGUUCAUGUAUCUGAUGACUUUGAUCUUUUACCAGCCUAAUUUUAUAUAUAUAUAAUUAUUUAAUUAUUUAUUUUUUAAUUGUCAAAAUUAAUUUUUAAAUUCAAUUUUUUACAAGUCCUGUGAUUUUUACAUUGUUAAUAUUAUUAUGAUUUUUUUUUUUUUUAUUUUUGCUAAUUGAAAAUUGAAAAUUGAUUUAUUCUUACUUACUGCCAAGUAUUUGUAAAUAUUUCAUUGCUCUAUUAUAAAAAAAAACAAUUUUAAAUAAAAUAAAAUAAAAAAGGUAAA